UCUGGAACAUUCUUACGUGUGUGUGUUCGUGUGUUUAGUUUCCCCUUUUUCCCUUUGAUUCCUUUAGAGAAAAAAAAAACACGGAUUGCUUUAGCCUAGCUAUCUCUUGUUCACACAACGUUUAAUAUUUCUCUUAUCUGCCUGUUUCGUGACGUUAGUGGAAGGCUUUAAUGUAAAGGGGCAUGUUUGUUGAAAAGUCAAUUUACUGACAGCUGUGUUCUUAUUUUAUAACCGAAACUCGGAUAUCUGUUUUUGAAAUCAUGUAAGUAGUCCCUAAUAGCUUCUAAAUCGUCCGCUUUACGUUACCACAAAAGAGUUGGCGACAAUCGGGUUAAACGUUAACUCUCCCUGAGCUCGAGGGCACGAGGCGGAAGAGGUGGGUUUUAUUCACUAAACACACACACAAGGACACGCGCACGUACACACAAAAGUCUCCACUAAAUUGCGAAAACAUACAAAGUACAACAGACUCGAAGAAUUAGCUAGUGGGUAGGAGAAAGGAAAAAGAAAGAGCGCCGUGCUCCUUUGUUGUUAUUAGUGCGGGACGGUGAGCGCUGCUCCGCCUCAUGCUAACGUUAACGUUAACGUCAGUAUUUUCAGUUCGAGAGAGAAACUUCUGCAGUUUCCAAGACACGGAAAACAACAAUUAGAAGACACCCAGGAACACCAACCAGAUGUACACGAGAGCAGAGACCUCCGUUUGAAAGGACCGCAUCUAAACAAGCCUACACCUGGGAACAGUUCGUGUUUGAUGCCAGCGGGAUGGGGAACAGCAGCAGUGACCGGUCCAGCGAUGGGCAGCGGGACAGGUCCUACAGAGAUGGACAACAAGGAGGGAAAGAGGCACGUCCCAACAUCCUGCUAGACAGCACCGAGGACGCAGACCUUUUCCAGAGAGAAGAUACAAAGGCUCCGCAGGAAAUACAGGAAUUUCUGGCCUGGCAGCAGGACCUGGAGAGUGAUAGCAAAAGUCCAACGCAGGCCAGACCGACUAUGUUCAGGUGGCCGGGGGCCGCCAAAGAAGUCUUUGUGUCCGGCUCUUUUAACAACUGGGCCACCAAGAUCCCUCUCAACAAAAGUCAAAAAAACUUUGUGGCUAUCGUGGACCUGCCAGAGGGAGAGCACCAGUACAAGUUCUGUGUAGACGGUCAGUGGACCUUGGAUCCUACUGGGGCUGUGAUGACGUCUAAAACUGGCACAGUUAAUAAUGUCAUUCAGGUAAAGUCAAGCGACUUUGAAGUCUUUGAUGCCCUCAGGAUUGACUCGGAGGAUUCUGCAGAUAUGUCAGACCUGUCCAGUUCCCCUCCCGGCCCCUACCUACAGGAAGCAUAUGUGAUCAAGCCAGAAGACAAGAUCAAGCAGCCUCCCAUCUUACCUCCCCACCUGCUGCAAGUGCUGCUCAACAAGGACACAGGGAUCUCUUGUGACCCGACGCUGCUUCCAGAGCCCAACCAUGUGAUGCUCAAUCACCUGUACGCCCUCUCCAUCAAGGAUGGGGUGAUGGUUCUCAGUGCAACGCACCGAUACAAAAAGAAGUACGUGACCACUCUUCUCUACAAGCCAAUAUAAUCCACGGAGCCUUUGUCCUGCCUCUUAUUUUGAAAUGCUAAUAAUU